AUGUCUUUCACACCAUUUUUUCAAAGGCCUGAUGUGGCUUUUUUAAAUCCUUAUUUAAAUGGUCCACAACAACAUUUACCUUAUCCUAAUAUAACUGGGCAUGGUAAUUUCUUUCCACCUAUUGGUAUGGAUUCUGUUACAGCAGCAGCUCUGGCUUCAUUAGCUGCUGGACCACCAGUACCACCAAUGAUUGUGGAGGAUGAUGGUGUACAAGAUGAUCCAAAAGUAGAAUUAGAUGAUAAAGAUCUAUGGGAUCAAUUCAGUAGUUGUGGUACUGAAAUGGUUAUUACAAAAUCUGGAAGAAGAAUAUUUCCUGCUUUCAAAGUUAAUAUAAGUGGUUUGGAUAAAAAUGCUAAAUAUUUUCUAUUAAUGGAUAUAGUUCCGGCGGAUGAAUGUAGGUAUAAAUUUCAUACAUCAAGAUGGAUGGUAGCAGGAAAAGCUGAUCCAGAAAUGCCAAAACGUAUGUAUAUUCAUCCAGAUUCCCCAGCAACUGGAGAACAUUGGAUGAGUAAAGGAGCUAAUUUUCAUAAAUUAAAAUUAACUAAUAAUAUAUCUGACAAACAUGGUUAUACAAUUCUUAAUUCAAUGCAUAAAUAUCAACCACGGUUACAUGUUGUUAGGUGUAACGAUAUAGCACAUCUCCCAUACUCAAAAUUCAAAACAUUCAUAUUUAAGGAAACAGAAUUUAUUGCAGUAACCGCUUAUCAAAAUGAAAAGGUUACUCAAUUGAAAAUUGACCAUAAUCCAUUUGCCAAAGGAUUUCGUGAUGCUGGUGCUGGUAAAAGAGAAAAAAAAAGAUUAAUGUGUAAGGGAGAUAUUUCAACGAGUUCCAUACAUUCAAAAGAAUCAUCACCACAAUUAAAAAGAAAUACAAGUUUUCAUAGUAUAUCUGGUAGUCGAUCAGAAAGUAGGCAUUCAAGAGAAAAUAGUACUUUUGAAAAAGGAGCAGAAUCAGAGGCAAGUGAAGAUGAUAGUGGUAUACCAUUAAAACGAUCAAAAAGUAGUUGCUCAAAUAGUACAUUAGAUACCUCCACAAAUAGUAGUGGUCCGGAUGAAAAACCUAUAACAUCAACAGAAAAUAGAGCACCAUCUUCAUUAGGUCAUAUACAAUCAAAUAAUUGUGAUAUUAAACCUAUUUCAACACCAACAAUAACAACAUCAAAAGGAUUUUUACCACCAAUGUCUAUGUGUUUUAAAGAUGAUAUACCAAUGCCUUUUAUGUUUCCACCAUCCGGAGGUUUUCAUGGAUUUCCACAAUCAGCAGCAUUUUUUGCUGCUGCAGCAGCUGCUGUUCAACAAAAUAAUCCAUUAUCUGGUAUUAAUCCAAUGAUGGGUGGAUUACCACCAAAUUUUUUGAUGCAAAAUUUAAUUCUCCAACAACAACAAAAUUUAUUGAGAAUGACAAAUCCAACAUUAUUACAGGCAACGACAGCUGUCUCACCACUUUUGGCAUCUUCACCACCAGAAGAGUCAACAGUAGCUAUACCAUCAUCAACAAAAAAUGAAAAUCGCACACCAUCACCAAAUCGUCCAAUAUCAAAAAAAAGUGGUUUCGAUAUGAAUGAUCUCCUCUCAAAGCCAUAG